GCUAUUUUCCAACAAAUUCGUGAGCCAAAGGGAGAUCAAACGCAUCGCGACCAAGUUGAUGCAAGUUCAUCAAAAAGAAGGAGAAUCUUUAAGGGACUACAUGCAACGAUUCAACAAAAUCAUUUUAGACAUUGAUAACGUUCUCGAUACCAUCUGCUUGUCUGCCCUGCUGCAUGGUUUGAAGCGUGGUCGGUUCCUAGACGACUUGCUAGAAAACCCACCGAAGACGUGGAAUGAAGUGAAUGACAGGUCUCAAAUCCUGGCACAAAUCCAGCACUGGGUUAGGAGACCCCCACCCCCACUGCAUGAUUCCCCAAGGGCAGACAAGAGCAAGCAUUGUGACUACCAUCGUGUAUACGGUCACAAUACAGAAGAUUGUCAACACUUAAAGGACGAGCUGGAGUUCUUGGCUCGCAAUGAGAGACUAGAAGGAUAUGAUAACCAGUAUCCUUCUGAGCAAGGCAGGGCAUACAGGGGACGUCAAUUCAAUAGGCGAGGCCAAGGACAAAGAACUACCACCCAGAACCAAAAAGACAAGAAAUGGGUGGGUUAUGUUGGGAUCCCCCCACUCUCAGGCACAAUCAAUAUGAUCUCAGGUGGUAUACACUCCAGAGGCCAAAGUGCUCGAGGUCGUAAGGCAUAUGCCCGACACGUGAUGACCGUUAAUAAGAAUAGGCCUCUGAAGCGGCCAUUCGAGAAGGCAGAGUGGGAGAAUACGCCUAUUACAUUUAGCUCGACAGAUUACCAACGAGCAAAAGGAGAGCCCGACGUUAUGAUGCCCCAUGCUGAUCCUUUCGUGGCAAUGGUUCAUAUAGAACCACGCUUUAGGAUGGCUUCUAUUAACUUUCUGGUUGUCAAGAUGGAAUCAGCUUUUAAUGCUAUAUUAGGAAGAGUUACUUUGUGCGAGCUAAAGGCUGUUAUCUCACAACCCCAUCUCUGUAUGAAAUUCCCAACUCCUCAGGGGGUAGGAGUGCUGAAGGGGAAUCAGAAGAUGGCCAGAGCCUGUUAUCAAGAUACAUUUAAAAAGGUUGAGUUCGCUGUAGCCUCGAGAGGCUCUGGAAGUAAUAGGCCGACUCAGCCUGGUCAACAGACAAUGAGCAUAUCAGAUAUUGAGCAUCGACCUAAGGGUGUUGAACAGAAAGAAGAGCCAGUAGAGCCAUUUUUGAGGGUUAACCAAGAUGUGUUUGCAUGGACUACGGAUGAAAUGCCUGGCAUCCCAGCAGAGUUGAUAGUCCACAAACUCAGCACGGACCCCACCAAAAGGCCGGUGGUGCAGAAACGUCGCCUUUUUGGCCUUGAGAAGCAAGUUGCCAUAGAUGAAGAGAUACAAAAGCUGCUACAGGCAGGCUUCAUCAAGAGAGUGGAAUACUCUGAGUGGGUGUCCAACCCUGUGCUUGUAAAAAAACCAAAUGGCAAGUGGAGAAUGUGUAUUGAUUUCACCAAUUUAAAUGAGGCAUGUCCAAAAGACCCUCAUCCCUUGCCAAAUGUUGAGAAGCUAGUAGAGAGGGCAACCGGGCAUGAAUGGAUGAGUUUCCUUGAUGCCAGCUCAGGUUAUCACCAGGUGCAAUUGCUGUUGGACGAUCAAGAGAAAAUAGCUUUCUACACUGAAUCAGGAAAAUUCUUAGGGUACGUGGUAUCCAAGAAAGGAAUUGAGGUAAAUCGAGAGAAGGUUCAGGCCGUUCAGCAGAUGGAGCCGCCCAGGACCGUAAAAGAUGUGCAGCGUCUGACGGGUCGUGUUGCUGUGCUGCAUAGGUUCAUUGCCAGCAUCAUCACCCUUAUUGUCCAAGCUUGUGGAGGGAGAGAGUUUAUACCUGUAUCUAGGGGUUACAGAGGAGGCGACUUCCUGGUGGAGUGCAUCUCGGCAACUACGGAGGAAAAGGCACCCGAACACCCAGUCUGGGUUUUGUAUGUUGACGGAGCUGCUAACAUUGAAGGAUCGGGUGCUGGGACUGUGUUAGUGGGCCCAGAUGGCUUUAAAUCCGAGCAUGCAUUGAGGUUUAAGUUUCAGACAACUAACAAUGCUGCAGAAUAUGAAGCCCUCAUUUAUGGAUUGAAGUUGGCGUCCAAGCUGAAGGUCAACAGAUUGAAGUCAGGAUUUAUCUCUUUCCAAAUCGACAAAAUACCAAGAGCAGAUAAUCACCGAGCUGAUGAGCUAUCAAAGUUAGCCUCAUCGCAGGACCUUAACCCUCAGAGGUCAACAAUUGUCGAAGUGCUUGACGCCCCAAGCUACAUCGAUUUCACAAUUGAGUGUCAGCUGCUAAGGAUAGAUCCCUCCUCUCCGAGCUGGACCACCCCGCUCAUUGAUUAUCUGCAAACGGGCGAGGUGCCUGAAGACCCGUCAGCUACGAAGUUGAUUAAACGCAGGGCUGCGCAUUUGCUGGACAAUCAACUCUACAAACAAGCAGCCUCAAUGCCCCUAUUACGCUGCCUUACUCCCUAUGAAGCUGAAUAUGCUGUGAGGGAAGUUCAUGAAGGAGUAUGUGGCACACACAUAGGUGGCAGAACUUUAGCUCGAAAACUUCUGAGGCAUGGUUACUACUGGCCUACUAUGGUUGAGGACGCACAGAGCUAUGUCAAAAAGUGCCCAACUUGCCAGUUAAAUGCUGAUGAUAUUCACAUGCCAGGAGAAAUGCUCUCAUCACUCUCAUCUCCCUGGCCUUUUGCUCGAUGGGGAGUCGACCUGCUCGGACCUUUUGUGAAAGGCAAAGGAGGUUGCACUCACCUCGUUGUCGCAGUGGAUUACUUCAACAAAUGGAUAGAAGCUAAACCUUUGUCCACAACAACAAAAAAGAAAAUAGAAAAAUUUUUGUUCAAUUUAAUAUUAUGCAGGUUCGGCAUACCUAAACGGAUCAUCGCGGACAAUGGUCCGUAGUUCCGAGUCGUGGCACUGAGGUCGUUCUGUAAUGAUUAUGGCAUCGAGCUCGCCUUGACCUCUGUAUAUACUCCACAGUCAAAUGGACAAGCCGAGUUCGCCAAUAAAAUAGUGUUGCGAGG